CAGACGGCAUCGCCGACCCCACGCCGGGGCUCCCCGACAGCACCCAGGGGUGCACCCAGCGAGAGGAUGCUGCAGGGCACCAGCAAUGUGGGGCCACCCAACAAGGUAAGUGUCUUGCGAGCGUGGCUGUCCCCAGCGCGGGUUGACAUCAUGCCAGGGGACGUGGAUGCUAUUGGGAAACUGAUGGAGUCAUCCAUCAGCUGAGCGCUCCUGGGCAGCUCUGGCCAAGCAGCGUUGUUGACCUCUCCCCAGUGUCCUCGUGCCUCAGUUUCCCUGCUGUGAAAGGGACAGUCUGGGCAUGUGUGCUGUUGGCUGCUCCCUGUUGCUGGUGGCAUCGGUGGCCACAGGACCUGCUGUUUGGGACGAGGCACACAGUGGGGCUUUGGGGACAACAGGCAUUUGUGUAUUGUGCUGGUCACCUCAUAGAGGGGGGGAUUGCCCUUAGGGCACAAUUCAUGGUGUGUCUAUGCUGAGUUUAUUCAUCUCUGCAUCACUGCGUGUGGUCACAUCUCAGUUUUGCUCCGAAUGGGGGUCUUGUAGCAAAUUGCUGUACUUGAUUAUUAUUAUUAUUAUUUUUUAAGCAUCCAAUCCAAAGCCUUUUUACAAGGCUGUAGAGCCCCUGCUCCCUGCUUUGGGGAUGUAGGGAUGUACCUGGGGGUAUCCCCCCACCCCUCGGAGCCUGGCAUGCAGCCAUAAGCAAGCAGCAACAUGCAUGGGGAGUGAACCUCCUGCUUCGAAGGGGGGGGGGGGGGAAGAAUAUGAUUCAUGCAGGCUGGGAGUGCCCUGCUGAGCGCUGCCAAGUGUGGGUGGCACGGAGCUGGGAAUGGUCCCCUUAAGGCUGUAGACCCCAAAAAGGAUUGGCUGUUGACCCAUACCCCCAACCCUAUAAAGCCUUCCAGAGAGAGACAGGGAGGGUCUGGGGGGGUCAUAGGUCCCCAGGCACAAUAGGGUUGGCCACCAAGAUCGGGGGCCUUUACCACUGCAGGGAACAGAUCCCUGUCCUUGGAACACUCUGCUGUCCUGCAUCGAGCUCCUGCUGACAGCGGCACAUUCCUCACUGCUCUUUCCCCCCUCCACCAAAGGACAAAAGCCAUCCUGAGCUGUCAGCGCCCGGUGUUGCAAGCCUGAGCCAGAUCAUUAGCUGCCAAACCCCAAAACGCUUCUGCCAGGCGGUGCCAAAGCCGCCAUGGGAGCUGACAUUCCCAUUCCCCCUCCCCAGCCCUAAGGCUGAGAACGUACACAACUUGUGUCAGGAGUGCAUGGCUCCCUCCAAGAAUCCAGGCAGGGGGAAAACAGUGGAACAAAGCCACUGGGGAUCCUGGGAGCAGGCGUGCCCUACAAGCUCAGGUUGGUUGGGAUGGCUGGGCGGGUGGGGCGAGCCUAAUUAGUACCUGCAUGAAGCAGCCACUGAGUCACGCUGCAUUCAUUGCCUCUUUGCUCAGAGCCAGCAGCACUCAGCUGCCCCAUGCUUUGAUUUUUUAAUAUAAUAAACGUAUUAUUGUUGUUUCUUUGGUAAAUCCCAACUGAUUUGGAAAGCAAAGCAGGGAGGGCCCAGCCAUCGCGCCCUAACAGUGGUGGUGGGCUCUUGUAGGACGUGGCGUAGGGCUUUAUCAGGGAGACUGCCUGGUGUUGGCUGGGGGCCUCUUGGAGGUCUAAGGGCUCUAGGGGUCAAUGGGCAGUGAGUCUGGGUGAUAAAUGGAGGGAUGUGGGGCUUUCCAAGGGGGGUCUAGAGAUGCAGGUGAAGCCACGUGGGAGUCUGGGGGAGGUUGUUGGUGCCUGUUGCUCACUAGGGGUCCGUGUGGAGGGCGGGGGUCAAAUGGAGGCUGCAGAGGGUUUUGGGUGUUGAUGUGCAGGUUAAGCCUCAGGCAGGCUGUCAGGAGAGGCCACGCGGUGGUCCAGAGGUCAACUCGGAGGCCACACGGAGGCCUGGGGCUUUUGUAUCCUUGGGUCUUUUGGGGUCUGUGGGGGAUCCAGCCCCAACAGUGUAUCCAGCUCCCAUCACUGUGUCUGUGGGCACCCCAUGGGGCUCCUUUGGCCUUGAGGGGGGCCUGCGUUGCCCCCAUGUCUGCUCAGGUGUGCGCGGCACUGAGGCGUGGCGGCGGCGGGGCGGGCCGGGUGCCUCCCUACAGCACAGGGAAGGCUCCACCGCCGCGCACACGCACACAUACACACACACACCUGCAUAGGGCGGCCGUGCUCUGCUCAGCCCCUCCGCCGUCAUGCAGGAGACUAAUGCCUUCUUGCUGUCGGCCCUGCAGCCUGAAGCCGGUGUUUGCUCACUGGCUUUGCCUUCAGAUCGCCAGCUGGACAUUCGCGGCCGAGAAGCAGCUGAGGCCCAGCGGCUGCGCAAUGCUCGCGUCCAGGAGCAGGUCCGGAUCCGCAUGAUGCUGCGGGGACAGACGGCCGCCUCGCACCCCGACACCGCCACGCUUGACCCCAUGGAUAGCAGAGGUGGUCCAUAUGGCACGACUGUGCGCUCCUCCUUUAGCUCCCGCUCACAGACCAAUGGCUUGGACUCCAAAAGCUCGCUGUACCAACCCAUGGCCAAAAAAGACUUUGGCACACUCAAGGGCAGCAGCUGGUCAUCGCGGUCAGCUGUGGACCUCACGCCAAACAAGAGGAUGGCAACUGUCAGCAACGGGGUCAUGCCGAAGGGCCGGAGCUACGGCGUGGGCUAUGCCAUGUCACAGGCUGCCAACACCUCCCCACGGCCCAACUCCUUCCAUGAGCGCAACUACCGGGCCCGGCAGAGCUUUGACACGCUGUCGCUGCGCUCCCUGCGACUGGCUGAUGGGCCACUGCCUCCCAGUGCUGCGGAUGACCGCUACAGUAUCAUCUCAGAGCAGCUGGACCCCAUGGGGCACCAGUCCCUCUAUAAAAACCAAGGCAAUGGUGGCUUCAGCCGCUCGUACACCUUUGAGAGGCGGAUGAGCACUGGUUCCAAUGCAAAGGGCUCCGACUGGUUGGAUGGCGGAGAGGUGCCCCAGAGCCGCACCAUUCGGGCACCAGCCAUGCGCACGCUCCAGCGCUUCCAGAGCAACAACCGCUCACGGCUCAGCACCAGCUCCUUUGGCAGCAUCCAGCCGUCCUCACAGGCACCUGUUGGGAGUUCCUACAUGGGCAUGGUGGAGCACAGCUCCCGUGCACCCUCUGUGCGCAGCCUGGCUGAGUCCAGCCACCACCUCCAGGACCAGCGCGCCAUGGAUAUUUACAACGGGCACAGCACGCUGCUCACACAGCAGUCAGGAGGGUUUGAUGACAUUGACCUGCCCUCAGCGGUGAAAUACCUGAUAGCCAGUGACCCCAACCUACAAGUCCUGGGUGCUGCCUACCUCCAGCACAAGUGCUACAGUGACAGUAAUGCCAAGAAGCAGGCUCGCAGCCUCCAGGCCAUGCCCAAGCUGGUGAAGCUCUUUAACAGCCCCAACCAGGAGGUGCAGCGCCAUGCAACAGGUGCCAUGCGCAACCUCAUCUACGACAAUGCUGAGAACAAGCUGGCUCUGGUGGAGGAGAACGGCAUCUAUGAGCUCAUGAGGACACUGCGGGAGCCCGAUGAUGAGCUGCGCAAGAAUGUCACAGGGAUCCUAUGGAAUCUUUCCUCUAGUGACAACCUGAAGGAUCGCUUGGCUCGAGACACACUGGAACAGCUCACAGACCUGGUCCUGGUCCCCCUCUCUGGCCUGGGUGGCUCUGGUGUCAUCCAGCAGAACCCCUCCGAGGCAGAGAUCUUCUACAACUCCACGGGCUUCCUCAGAAAUCUGAGCUCUGCAAGCCAGCAGACCCGGCAGAAGAUGCGUGAGUGCCAUGGGCUGGUGGAUGCCAUGAUCCACUAUGUGAACAGCUCUCUAGAAGUUGGGAAGUCAGAAGACAAGAGCGUAGAGAAUGCUGUCUGUGUCCUGCGCAACCUCUCCUACCGUCUCUACGAUGAAAUGCCCCCCUCCUCCCUCCAGCGCCUGGAGGGCCACCGCAGGAACAACGGUGGAACCAUGACAGGGGAGCUGGUGGGCUGCUUCAGCCCCCAGAGCAAGAAGGCUCGAGAGCACUAUCUGAAUGCAGACAUCGUCACUUUCACGGAGGUGUCCAAGGACCCCAAGGGUAUGGAGUGGCUCUGGAACCCACAGAUUGUAGGUAUCUACAACCGGCUGCUGCAGCGCUGCGAGCUCAACAAACACACCACCGAGGCGGCCUCAGGAGCCCUGCAGAACAUUACGGCUGGGGACCGCAGGUGGGCAGGCGUGCUGAGCCGGCUGGCUUUGGAGCAGGAACGCAUCCUGAACCCUGUGCUGGACCGCGUCCGCACCGCUGACCACCACCAGCUGCGCUCCCUGACAGGGCUCAUCCGCAACCUGUCCCGCCACGCACGCAACAAGGACGAGAUGUCCACCAAGGUGGUCAGCCACUUGAUUGAGAAGCUGCCAGGGAGCGUCGGGGACAAGGCACCGCCUGCUGAUGUUAUUGUGAACAUCAUCGCUGUGCUCAACAACCUGGUGGUGGAGAGCCCCAUGGCUGCUCGCGACAUCGUCUACUUCGAUGGCCUCAGGAAGCUUUUCUAUGUCAAGAAGAGGAGGGACAGCUCAGACAAUGAGAAGUCCUCCCGGGCAGCAGCCAGCCUCCUGGGCAACAUGUGGCAAUACACCAAGCUCCACCGGGACUUCAAGGUGAAGGGGUACCGGAAGGAGGACUUCCUCAGCCUGUAAGAACAGCCCCAGGGAGAAGGGACUGCACAGCCUUCAGCCUCCCCUCUGGGACGUGCCUUGCUGCCUCCUGUGACCCCAAAGAAGCUGCUCUGUAGCAUAGUCCCCACUGCUCUUCUUGUCCCUUGCACCUACCCCUGCUGCUGGGCGCCCCAUCUCUGGGCUUGGGAUGCAGGGCCUGAAAAUGUCCCCAGGACCCAGGGCUGUUCAGGCCGGUGCUGUAUAAGCAAGAUCCAGGCAGGGCUGGCUGGCUUGUGUUUGCUGGGUGGCGUCUCCCCGCAGGGUGGGGAGAUGCCCUCGGUGCCCGCUGCAGGUGGGGCCAGCACAGGUUCAAAGCUCACCCAGCAGAGGAGGAGGGUUGGGGUGUGUGGGAGGCUGUGGGUCGCUUGGGGUCUGUCAGUGGGGUUUUGGACUGGGGAGGGAGACCCUGCGCUUGGGUGUGCCCCAUCUGGGAAAUGGGGUAGAGUAGGUACAACAGGGGCUAGGAAGUCAGCAGAUAGGGGGGCUGGAGGGGAGUGGGGGGUGGGGUGAGUGAGCAGUGGACACGAGGGACCUCCCCCAUACUCAGUGUGAUGUGUUGGGACCCGCUGGGGAUGGGGCAGUGCAUUUGUCCCACCAGCUCUCUGUGUAGAGGCUGUGCACUGUGUAUCUCCUAAAUAAAUACCUUGAAUAAUA